AUGUCGAAAGCCAUUGCCGACUCUGUGAGUUACAGAAUGUUGUUUCUCUCCCCUCAUAGGAACUUUCAUGUGCUGAACACAGCGUGGAUGCGGCGGAGGGACCUUCCGUUCGGGAACGACGGCUGGCAGGUGGUGGACGCCACACCCCAGGAGAGAAGCCAAGAUCUGUACUCGUGCGGCCCUGCACCGUUGUCAGCCAUUCAGAGCGGACGCUGUGACGUCAACUACGACGCGCCGUUCGUGUUCGCUACAGUGAACGCCGAUCGGGUGCAUUGGGGACGUCAGAGGGACGGCACGUGGAUUGUCAUCUCGGUGGAAACGAACGUGACGGGCCGGAAAGUGGUGACGAAGGCCGCGGACGGACGACCGGUGCCUGCUUCCUUCACCUACUGCGACUCGUACAUGGAGGACGUCACCAAUCAGUUCAAACAUCCGGAGGAGUCUAAGCGCGAGCGGAUGUCCGUCCUCCUGGCGUCCAGUCUCGCACCGGGAAGUCGAAAGGGUGACGUCUACGCCCACAAUAAGGAUAUUGAGUUCACUGUGAAGACCCCUGACAACGUACUGGUUGGUUCUGACGUCACAAUAUCGGUCACGUGCCGGAACAAAGUCGGUGAGGUCCGCUCCUUGACGGGCACCGUGUUUGUUGACGUCAUCACGUAUACAGGGAAACCCCGCACCACGUGUGUUACAGAGGAAAUCAAUCUGAAAUUGGAACCACAUGACCGUCAGACGUACACAGUGCACGUAAGUGCUGAAAAAUACGCCGCGCACGUGGGUGAGGCGGCAAUGUUGCGCGUGUCCAUGCUAGCACGAGCUAACGAGAGCGGCCAGGUACACGUAAUCCAAGAGUUGUACAGGUUCCGCACCCCAGACCUCACCAUCAAGUGUUACAACAGCACAUGUUACGCCGGGCGGCCGCUAUCUCUGCGAGCUAGUUUCACAAAUCCAUUCAAAGACUGGCCUCUCACGCAGUGUUAUCUGUUCGUGGAGAAUACAGGUGCUGGAGAACCCAAACUGAUGUCACUAAGAAGUGUUCCCGCGAAUCGCGAAAUGUCGUGUGACGUCGAGCUGACGUUUAAUCAGCGGGGGCGCCACUCGAUCUACGCUACGUUCUACAGCCGAGAGUUACAGGGAAUCAAGGGUGUCCUAGAUAUAUACGUCCAAUAAAUGACGUUAAAUGCGUCACUCGGGCCAAGUGCAUAACAGACAGUUACACGUGCACGAUGCACGUUAGAGCGACGCUCAAACUGUGUCGCAGUUUUCAGAAUAGUUCGCAUUAGUACUGGCCCAAUCGCUUAAGGUUUUGGUUUUUAUGUCAAAUUAGAAUCUAUAUUGUGUAAAUGUUUAAUGAUUAAGAAGAGCGGUGCGAGCGAAGUUAGUCAAUAAGAUUGUACACUCAAUAUUCUCACUGGCUAAGAUUAGAACGUGUUUUUAGCAGACGGGCUACCAAAUAACAGCAAGCAAUAUAGUCAUUUUUAAUCGCCCGUAUUUAUUUUCAGCACAUUUUUUAUAUUGAUAUAUUUCAAAUACUCUUGAUUCACGGAACAUCAACGUACUACAUCUGCUUUGUGAUUCCAAAGAAAAAAUCAACUGCUGCCAAUUCUUUGUGCACUAUGCUAUUUCUUUGAAAAAUUAUAAUAUUAAUAAAACCAUACGUAAAACAGUAAAACACUUUUUUGGCUUAUCUGUAAGUGAAUGUGAAAUGAUAUUCGGCUAAAACCUAGGUCAAUACUGCUUCCAGAAGUAAAUAUCGUAUAACAUUUAACCAUGACCAUUAUUGUAUACUUUGAACUAUUUCACAAAUGCUUUACAUGUAUUACUAAUUGUUACUGUGCAUAUGUUUGUAGAUCUUCGCGAUUGCUUUCAACACGUACGCAUAUGUUAAAUGUUAAGCUUGUUUGA